CACAGAAAAACUUGGGGCGGCUAUUUUCCUUCGUAUUGUGUAUUUUCUUCGCCAAUUAGGCUCUGUUUGUCAUGCUUCGAAAGCGACCCAACAUCCAUUACAUCCAAUAGUUGGUUUCCUCUAGAGAUAAUAAUCUCACUGUCAUAAAAAGCACAGCGCCGAAGGAAGUAAAAGCUUCUUCUUUUCCCCUUUCCCAUCUCAGUUGUUCCAGGCUCACAAAUCCGAGAUUUUAUUGUACUUGAAGCCUCAGUGAUCUCAAGCUAUAGUAUAAGUGAGGGUUUUAUACUAUUGGGUUUAUUGUACUUUGGGUUAAAUAUGAAAUUUUGAGGGAUUUGAGUGCAUGUACAACUUUACAUAUAUACAAGAUAUUUUUGAACUCACAAGCUUGGUAUUGGUUUGCUGAAAGACUAUAGAGGAAAAGUGUUUUUGGGUUAGAUUUUAUAUGUAUUUUUUAUCAUAAAAUGUAUAGCAAUUUUAAGGAGCAUGCAAUUGAGUAUGUGAAGAAGGCAGUUGAGGAGGAUGAUGCUGGAAAUUACAGCAAGGCAUUUCCCCUCUAUAUGAAUGCAUUAGAGUACUUCAAAACCCACUUGAAGUAUGAAAAAAAUCCCAAGAUUAAGGAAGCAAUCACUCAGAAAUUUUGUGAAUAUUUGAGGAGGGCAGAGGAGAUUAGAGCCAUUCUUGAUAGUGGGGGCGGCAGUGGGCCUGCAUCGAAUGGUAAUGCUGCAGCCACUGCAUCGCCGAAGUCAAAGGGUGGAGAACGGAAAGAAGGGGGGGAUCCAGAACUGGAAAAGCUCAGGGCUGGCCUUGAUUCUGUUAUAAUUAGGGAGAAACCCAAUGUGAAGUGGAAUGAUGUGGCUGGCCUUGAGAGCGCAAAGCAGGCAUUGCAAGAGGCUGUCAUAUUGCCGGUUAAGUUUCCACAAUUUUUCACUGGCAGGAGGCGACCAUGGAGGGCUUUUCUAUUGUAUGGUCCACCUGGAACAGGGAAGUCCUAUUUGGCAAAGGCUGUUGCAACAGAAGCAGAUUCAACUUUCUUCAGCGUUUCUUCAUCAGACCUUGUUUCAAAAUGGAUGGGGGAAAGUGAAAAACUGGUUUCAAAUCUUUUCCAAAUGGCUCGUGAUAGUGCUCCAUCCAUAAUAUUCAUUGAUGAAAUUGAUUCACUAUGUGGCCAAAGGGGUGAAGGCAAUGAAAGUGAAGCAUCUCGACGCAUCAAAACUGAGCUUCUAGUACAGAUGCAGGGUGUAGGGAAUGAUGAUCAGAAGAUUCUUAUUCUUGCAGCAACCAAUACUCCUUAUGCUCUGGAUCAGGCCAUCCGGCGACGCUUUGAUAAGCGUAUAUACAUCCCUCUUCCAGAUGUGAAGGCAAGGCAACACAUGUUUAAGGUGCAUCUAGGAGAUACUCCUAACAACUUAACUGAAAGUGAUUUUGAGUAUUUGGCCCGCAAAACAGAAGGAUUCUCUGGUUCUGAUAUCUCUGUCUGUGUUAAGGAUGUGCUAUUUGAACCUGUACGUAAAACCCGGGAUGCUAAAUUCUUCAGAGAGACCUCUAAGGGCAUGUGGGUCCCUUGUGAAUCUACUAAACGAGGAGCUAUUGAGAUUACUAUGCAGGAACUUGAUGCAAAAGGCCUUGCUUCAAAGAUCCAGCCACCACCUAUUACAAGAGCAGAUUUUGACAAGGUACUUCAAAGACAAAAACCAACUGUUAGUAAAGCUGAUCUUGAGGUGCAUGAGAGAUUCACAAAUGAGUUCGGGGAGGAAGGUUGAUUGCUUUUUCUGAUUUGGACUUCAAGAAUCACUAGCAGUGCGCAAUGUUGUAUAUUUUAUAUAUUUUACAAUUCAUGGAUACAUACAUACAUAUAUAUAUAUAUAUAUAUAUAUAUUCAUAUAUAUUAUAAUGUCA